AUGAAUGGUCCAUCAGCUCGCGCGCUGCGAGAGGGCGGCAUUGGAGGCUCAAUCCCCUACAAGGUCGGUGUCACGCUCUACGUGAAGCCCAAAGAUAGCGGCCCGAUUCCGAAGGAUUGGUUGAAGAAGACGACUUUUCAGGCCCCCUUUGGGGACUUCGGGCAAAUCUUGCGCAUUGACGUCUCUGAGACGCAACGAUGCGCAUAUGUGGAGUACGAGGACCCCCGGGACGCGCAAGAUGCAGCCAAGGACCUCGAUGGCAAGAAGAUCUCGGGCAAAGAGGUAUCAGUGGUGCUGGCAAGUCAAGCAACUAACCGCCGGCCGGGCAGCACUUCAACUCCAGUGGGCCCUCCAGGCCGAGCCGUGGACAUCGAGCAACGGGUGGCCGAACUGGCGUUGAAGCACCAUUUAGACGAAGCUGCUGGUGCCCGGUUGGCGAGCGUGUUCCAAGAUCGUUCUCGACUUGGCUGCGACUUGGUGCGAGAUUUUCAGGAUUUGGAUGAGCACCUCACCGCCUCCAACAAGCCCUCGGCCUUGGUGAGCAUGAAGCUCUCAGAGUUGAGAUCUGGACGGCCCAUAGGCCGGGUGCUGUUGAGUGAUGACUUCGUGAGGUAUGAGGAGCCUCCUUCCUCGCCGGCCGCUGGCUCCGGUGCGGCUGCAGUGCGGCAGAAGCACGCCGAGGAAGCGGGCCCCAAGGCAGAGGCAUCUUCUAUGGCUGAGGUCAAGGCGGAAGCCGAAAAGCUCGAGCCGGAGGCCGCGAGGACGCUUGGUUCCACGGAACGCGUGGAUUUGGCCCAGAUCCCGGACCCGUGGGCAGAGGUGUCUGAUGCCAAAGCGUUGGAGAUCAUCAAGGAGGACACCUUGGAAGUCAUAGAGGUGCAGGGGGAGGCGUCUGCCGCGGCCCACCUGGCGGCCAAAGACGCGGAGCUCCAGAGCUUUCAGCCCAGCAGCAGCCAGCGCGAGUUCCUGGUGUCUGCCGACCUCUCGGAGAAUCAGCUGGCCACGGUGGCAUCCCUCCAGCCGCUGUGGCUGCGAUAUCUGAGCUUGGCCAUGAACCCGCUGGAGUCUUUCGAGGGCCUGUGCAGCUUUCCAAGGCUGCUUGUCCUGGACGUCAGCUUCAUCGAGCUCACCUCCAUCGAGGGGGCCUGGCAGGCCAUCGCGGACCUGCCCAGGUUGGCCCGCCUGGUGGCAGAGGGCUGCAGCAUUUGCAGCUUGGAGGUGGAGUUGCCUGCCAAGCUGCAAGCCUUAGAAGUCUCUGACAACGCCAUUGAGGAGCUCAGCGAGUUGGAUGCCCUGGCCAGCCGCUGCAAGAGCCUUUUGGAGCUGGACUUGCGAGAGAACGAGGUGGUCUUGCAGCCAGGCUACGCCAAGAAGAUCAACAAGCUGUUUCCAAGCUUGACCUGGCUGGACAACCAGUCCAGGAAGAAGUAUGUGGCCAAAGGGGCCGCUGCUACCUACGCGCCCGAUGCUCUGCGCGAGAAGGAUGUGGCUGCUGUCGAUGGAAUGUUCAAAAAUGAGUCGUGUUCCUGCCUGGAAGGCAAUGCUUGCCUUGAUGCAGCAACAUGCAAAGACUGGCCCAACCGAGAGAAGGUUGCUGCGGCGGCUAGGAAGAGGAAAGGCCUGCGAGAUGACUCAGGCAGUGGCUGGGUGUCCCAUUUUUGA